AGACGAACCUCCAACCUAUCACCUCUUACUUAGAAAGUCAAUAGUUGGGGCUGCUAUGGUGAUAAGAUAACUAGCUCUAGUUGUACAAUAAGAUAUUUGAUAGGGCAUAAAAAGCCCAUGUGAAAACCAUGAUUUAAAAUUAUGUAGACGGCAGGAGUAGACGGCGUCUGAUCCACCUGUCACUACAAAACCGGGUGGUUUCAUCUGGUGUAGGUCUUUCUCUUUCUCUUCCUCCCCCACCACCGCGAAACCUACACACACAAACACCCCUUUAAAACUCUCUCCUCCAUUAACGCCUCAUCCUCUAUCCCCCCCAUACAUAACUCAUCUUGCCGUCCUCCGAUCCGAUGCGUUGUCUUCACAGGUACCGUUCGAUCUUAUCCCUUAUCUCCUCUCAAUACCUUGACUUUUCUAGGGUCAGGGUCUCCUUAACCUUACCCUUGUAAUCCAUUACAUAUCUAAUUCAUCACCACCAUUUACUCAAUCAAUUACACUUAUUAUUGUUAACUCAUGAUAUUAUUCUUAUUUUUCCUGCCUUCAAUAUGCAUCUGAGACGGUUUAAUUGUUUCCGAUGCGCUAUCAUUCAUAUCGGCUACGAUGUUGACUGAUUUCUUUAAUCCCAUAGAUAGAUCUAGAUCCAUUUCUUGUUAGGGUUUGUGAAAUCUUGUAAUUUUGAAACCCUAAGUGAAAAAAACUAAAAAGGGACCCCCCAAGUGUUUGUUGAAAUGCCUGCUAAAGAAAAGAUGAAUGGGGGCUUGUUGACGACCUUGACUAUGGAUAAUAAUCAUUUUUUGUCCAUGGAUUCGAGCUUGUUCGACCGGGAGAUGAAUCGGGCGGUGGAUCUGACGCUACCGCCCGAUAUUAACCUUCCUUUCUCGGUGGAGCCGAGCCCGCCGAAUGAUUCGUGUGAUUUGUUAGAUGCUGGUUUAGGUUCUCAGCAUUAUCAGACCGAGACGCAGAUUAGUGUGACGAAAAGUGGGAAGAAGUCUGCGAAACGGCUUGAUAGUAUGUGGGGGGCUUGGUUUUUCUUUAAUUUUUAUUUUAAGCCGGCGUUGAAUGAGAAGUCGAAGAAUAAAGGGAAUCGGGAGAACGGGUAUGAUAAGUCGGAGCUGAAGUUGGAUGUGUUCUUGGUUCAACAUGAUAUGGAGAAUAUGUAUAUGUGGGCGUUUAAGGAGAGGCCCGAGAACGCGUUGGGGAAGAUGCAGUUGAGGAGUUAUAUGAACGGGCAUUCGCGACAAGGGGAAAAGCCGUUUCCGUUUUGUGCGGAUAAGGGUUUCGUAAGGUCGCAUAGGAUGCAAAGGAAACAUUAUCGAGGUCUGUCGAAUCCUCAGUGUGUUCACGGGAUUGAAGUUGUUCGUUCGCCGAAUUUGAUGGGAUUAGAUGAAGAAGAAAGAAGAAGGUGGAUGGAACUUACCGGAAGAGAUUUGAACUUCUCUAUAACUCUCGAAGCAAGUGAUUUCGGUUCGUGGAGGAAUCUUCCGAAUACCGAUUUUGAAAUCGAACGACCGCUGAUUCUGAAGGAUAAUUUGUCUAAUGGUAAUCAUCAUCAUCACCAACAACAGCAGCAACAGAAGAGAUUGCAGUUAUCAGAUCACGCGCAUGGUGAUGUAAACGGAUACGGGAUGGAUCUUUUAGCGGGUUGUAAUAAUAAUAAUAAGCGGCGGAAGAACAAUUCCCCACGCGGGAAUGACGAUGAAAGCUCUGAUUCGGUUCUUGAUGUUCAUCACGCGGGGCCACAUUGGGUGAACGAUGUUUCGGGUGUGUUAAAAAACGCGACCGGGCCUGUUACAGCUGCUAAAACUAUAUACGAAGACGAAGAGGGUUUCUUGAUUGUGGUCAGCUUGCCUUGUGUUGAUCUCGAAAGGGUUAAAGUUACAUGGAGAAACACUCUCUCACAAGGGAUAGUCAAGAUUUCGUGUGUAAGCACUGGGUGUAUACCCGUGUUAAAAAGACAAAACCGGAUGUUUAAAAUGACGGAUUUAGCUCCGGAGCACUGCCCGCCGGGAGAAUUUGUUAGGGAAAUCCAGCUGCCAUUGCCGAUUCCGGAAGAUGCGAAUUUAGAAGCUUACAGGGACGAGACGGGGACUUUGCUUGAGAUAAUCGUGCCCAAACACCGUGUCGGGCCUGAAGAACACGAGGUGCGCGUUUGUCUUCGUCCAUCUCAAACCUGACUUAGUAGAAACUAAACGCUGGUUUAGAGUUUGUGUGUUUAUGUUGAUGCUUCAUAGAUUUUGCUAACUUUUACUAGUGAAAUCUGUGAUGAAUUAAUAGGUGUCUUUUGUACCUUUUGUUUUAUGUUUAUUGAACCUGUUUAAGUGUUUUAUUAUUGUGAUUUUUAUGAUUGUACUUUAUUAGUUUGGUUUAAAUUUAAAUGUUGAACUUUAA